CACCUGCUAGCUGGGAGCUUGAGACUUACCAAGAAAAAUAUGGUACAUAAAAAUGGGGUGCUUGCAUUGGAACAGAAGGAAGAGGAGCUAGCCAAGGUGGAAAUGUGGAAAUAUGCGUUGGGAUUCUCGAAAGUUGCAGUCGUGAAGUGUGCCAUUGAGCUUGGAAUAGCUGAUGCUAUUGAAAGCCAUGGAAGCCCCAUGACACUCUUAGAGCUAGCCGCAACGCUCAAGUGUGAUCGUUCUACUCUUUACCGCAUCAUGAGGUUUCUAGUUCAUCACCAAAUAUUUAAGGAAGUCCAAUCAGGCCUCAAAAGUUAUGCACAAACGGCUCUGUCACGCUGCCUACUAAAAUCCGGUAAAAGAAGCAUGGCUGCACUUAUUUUGCUGGAGAGUAGUCCGGUAAUGCUAGCGCCGUGGCAUGGCCUAAGUGCUCGAGUUCGGGGAACUGGCCUGAGUAGUCCUGCGUUUGAGGCAGUACAUGGUGAGGAUAUUUGGAGCUUUGCAGCGGCUAAUCCCGGUCACAGUAAGCUUAUCGAUGAAGCCAUGGCUUGUGAUACAAGGGUGGUAAUGCCUGCAGUUAUUGCAAGUUGUAUAGAGGUUUUUCGAGGGAUUGAGAGCAUAGUAGAUGUGGGUGGUGGCGAUGGAACUAGUUUAAGCUUGCUGGUUGAGGCUUGCCCUUGGAUUACUCGUGGGAUCAAUUUUGAUCUUCCUCAUGUUGUAUCUGUUGCUAAGGAGAGUGACCGAGUUUCCGGUAAGGGCUUAUCAGACAUAAGGUGA